AUGUUAGGAUUACGAGGAAUAAGUCGAAGUAUCGGCUACUGUUUAAUCAAUCGCAGCUACAGUGCAUCCACCAGUGCAAUAUCGGCUAAAGUACUUGCAGUAGAUGCUAACGGCGAUCGGAAAAAAGUACAACCAAACCCCAACCGCAACACACCAGGAUCAAGCAGUGUGGCGAGUGGUUCAAAGAAUCCCAUCGUCGCCGCGGCUUUUGCUUCCUUGCGCAAUGAAGAAGUUAGUUGGGAAGACCCCAUCGCCAAUGUUGGCGAUACAAAACAAGACGUUCAGAUUGAUGAAAUGAUUCUGAAAGCAAACACUGUAAAAGAAAUUCUUGCCGUGGCCGAUGUAACAAAAGUCAAUCGAAAGCAAGCUCUAAAGAUAGUUUCAAUUUUGGCCGAAUGGAGCUCAAUACGGAAGGCAAGUUUAUCCGACUUUGAAAACGAUUCACGUUUUGUGAAUCUAUGUAGUCUGCUGGGACGAACGAGCGCGCAGCGUACGGCUGGAAAGGUCAGUCACUCGACAAAAAUAAGCGAACUUCAGGGUGACGAUCUCCAGACCGUGCUCGGCAUCACGGCGAAUGAUGAAGCGGCUAAGCUUGUCGCUGGACUCACGCUACCCCAAAUGAUCAAAGUUAUGUCCUCGUUGGCUAUGAAGAAAAAACGAAGCAUUCCGUUGCUGCGUUCGUUAUCAUUUAACAUUUCAAGUAAUCCGGGACAUCUGAACCUGAAAGAAUGCAGCGACCUGCUGUACGCGAUGGCUUGCCUAAACUAUCGUGACGUCGUACUGACGGGCCGGGUGUGCGCCGAUUUGGAUCAAGAACUACCAAAAAACACGGACAAAAUAGCGCCUGUAGUGUCGAUUCUGACGAGUCUCGGCAUGCUUCGGUACCGAGAUGGAACCGUGCUGGAUAAUCUUUGCAGCUGGAUCGCAACUCACCAUGAACUCAUCAAACCAACCCAGCUUGGAUCGUUGUUUCUGUCAUUGGCAACGCUUAACUACGAGCCCAUGAGCAUGGACACAUUAAAGGUGAAGCUAGUCGCUAACGUGUCAGAGAAUGAUUUUAUACGUUCGGUCGAUUGGUUGAAUACGGUGUGGUCGCUUACGAUCCUAAACUGUGUAACCAGCGCGCAGUUAACAUCGGUUCUGAGUUCCGAUUUUUUUCACAAAUUGCAAGACGAGCGAAACGGCAAUCUUCAGCCUUCGAUGAAGAUGAAGCUCCUUAAUCUGGCCGCCGCUGCUAAGCGUGUCUCUGGUGCGAAGGAAACCCUUUUGGCCAGCCAUCAAGCGGAUCUCUUCGUCCCAUUCGAACCGUCGAAAGACAAGCGAAUCCUUGUGACUGGCAUGUUGGACGCACUGAAGAGCUUAAUACCUUCGGACAGCAUGGUGAAAAUUAGUCAAGCAACCACUAUGGGAUUCACAAUUGAUGCUGAAUGCGUCCUGGAUAAGAAAUGUUUACCGCUGCCGGUAGACAAGAAUCACGAACAAGGGACGAGGAUUGCGCUGCUUGUGCAUGACUAUCAUGAUAUGUGCCAGGGACCGCACUUGGCACUGAACGGCAUACAAACACUCAACAUGCGAUUACUGGAGCAGGAGGGCUACACCGUGGUCUCGAUACCGUACAACGAGUUCAGCACCAGUGACAAACUACUGAAGCGCGUGGAGUACUUGCAGAAAAGGUUCAAGUCAAUCGUUACCAGUAAACAGUAGAAUCCAAACCAGUACU